AAUUCAAAAAAAGGAAAAAAAGAAAAAGAAAAAGAAAAAGAAAUCGCCAUUCGAAUCCCAAUCCUAAUUCCAUCGCUGACGGACUGACAAACCAAGCAGUAAUUUCCACCGCCAAAGAAGAAUCAAUGACAAUGGGGAUGAUUUCAAAUUUGAGUUUGUUCUUGACAUGCAUUGUAGCGAUUGCGAGUGCGAAUCCACCAUCGCCAUCGCCAGGGCCGGGUGCGGGGGAUUGCUCGGUAUUGGUGUUCCACAUACUACCGUGCGUGGAUUACCUCACGAUUGGGAGCACGAAGGCGAAUGCCUCACAGGUUUGCUGCGAGGUGUUGAAAAAUACCAUGGAACCGAGCGCCGAAUGUAUGUGCGAUCAGUUGAAGCAGAGCGACAAAAUGGGAAUUCAUUUGAAUAUUACCAGAGUCAUUGGCCUUCCUGCCGCCUGUGGAAUUCCUAUUUCUCUACCCGAAUGCGACAUUGCUCUUCCACCAGCGCCAGUUCCGAGUACGAAAGCGCCUACGCCGGCUCCAGUUACCAAGACGCCAACGCCGGCUCCAAUUACAAACUCCCCAACACCGGCUCCAAAUAAGCAGGCGCCAUCACUGGCUCCAAAUAAGCAGGCGCCAUCACCGAUUCCAAAUAAGCAGGCGCCAUCACCGACUCCAAAUAAGCAGGCGCCAUCACCGACUUCAAAUAAGCAGGCGCCAUCACCGGCUCCAACUACCGUAGUCCCAGCGCCGACUCCAGUUAACCAUCCAAUAGUAUCACCACCGGCACCAGAAGUCCCACCAAGUAGCGACUUGACACCGUCAAACGGACCAUCUGGUGAGGACUCGCCGACGCCGGCACCGUCGGGUUCUCCAUGUUUCACCAGUUCCAGUAAUUUAAUUGUGCUGCUUCUGGCCCUUCUCGCUUCAUUCCAAGUUUUGUAAUGCUCUUUUUUGGAAGCCAUCUCUUCCAGUUUUGACCAAUUUUCAUCCUUUUUCUUUCCAUUUCACCUUUUAAAGUUAGGAAAAUAUGAAAAAAAAAAAAAAAAAGAAACAGAAAAGAGAUUGAUGUAUUUCUUUCCUUUUAAAAUAAUAUGUAGUUUUACUAUUUGGCUGGAGAUCAAUGGAAUCAAUAUAUAGAGUUUAUUUAUUUA